CCAAACGAAAACCGAAUGGCCAUGCUGCGUGCGAGCCCGGCUCAUGGCGCUCGCCCCACCCCUCAUCCGCUCGUGCGCGUUUCGGCCUCAACCUCGAGCCCAUGGCGGCGCAUCACAAGCAUGCUAUCCAUUUCCUCGAUUACCAGGUGCAAGUCUAACGAUCGUUCGUUAUCCCUUCGUCAUCCCCUGCCUCGCUGCUGCCUUUCUCUCCGCGGCAGUUGCAAACCGUACCUGGCCAUGCCCCGAGAGUACGAGGAGGUUUUGCGUUGUUUGUCCUCCCUCAUCACCAAACGCACUCGAGGCGAUGGCGCCAACAGGGGCGACCAGUUCGAUCUGAUGUUCGACUAUUUGAAGAUUUUGGAUUUGGAAGACGCGAUUUCUCGGCUCAAGGUUAUCCAUGUAGCUGGGACCAAAGGAAAGGGUUCCACGUGCACGUUUACGGAAUCAAUCCUCAGGUCUUGUGGGUUCCGUACUGGACUGUUUACUUCGCCUCACUUGAUCGAUAUACGGGAGCGGUUUCGACUUGAUGGAGUAGAAAUUUGUGAAGAUAAGUUUUUGGACAACUUUUGGUGGUGUUGGAAUAGAUUAAAGGAGAAAACUGGUGAUCAUUUACAAAUGCCAUCUUAUUUCCGCUUCCUUACACUUCUAGCAUUUAAGAUAUUUUCAGCAGAACAGGUUGAAGUUGCUAUUAUGGAAGUUGGUUUAGGAGGAAAAUAUGAUGCAACUAAUGUGGUGCGGGAGCCAAUUGUUUGUGGCAUAACCUCCUUGGGUUAUGACCAUAUGGAAAUCCUUGGAAAUACACUGGGCAAAAUUGCAGGAGAGAAAGCUGGUAUCUUCAAGAAAGGAGUGCCUGCAUAUACUGCACCGCAGCCAGAAGAAGCAAUGACAGUGCUGGUAGAUAAGGCUUCUCGAUUAAGUAUUUCACUUCAAGUAGUUUCACCUUUAGACCCUGGACAACUUGGAACUCAACAUCUUGGACUAGAUGGGGAGCACCAAUAUAUAAACGCUAGUCUUGCUAUUGCCUUGUCCAGUACAUGGCUUAAAACAACUGGAAAUUCAAAAGGCAUAAACUUAGACCAAGAUUUUAUCAGAGGCUUAUCAAGGGCCAGUUUAGAGGGGCGAGCACAGAUUGUUCCUGAUUCAUUUGCGCAACAGCUAAACUCCAAUAUUGGAGACUUGACUUUCUUCCUUGAUGGAGCACAUAGCCCAGAAAGUUUGGAGAUGUGUGCAAAAUGGUUUUCUCAUGUUUUAAGAGUUGACAGUUUAAACUCGGAGAAACAAGCUCUUAAGAACAAUUACAUCAGAAAGGGAGGUCACCCUAAUUCACUGGGAAAGGAGUAUUUACCUAUACUUCUAUUCAACUGCAUGUCAGUUCGAGACCCACAACUCUUGCUUCCACGUCUGGUCAAUACUUGUUCACACCUUGGAGUGAAAUUCCAUAAGGCUCUUUUUGUGCCAAACCAAUCAGUAUACAACAAAGUAAGUUUUGAUGCAGCAGCACCACCAGCUGAUGCCCAUCAAAGUGAUCUGUCAUGGCAACUGACACUACAGAGGGUAUGGGAAAACCUAGUUCGAAGUGAACAAGACCCAGGUGAGACUAGUGAAUAUGGUGGCAGUUUAGUAUUUCCUUCUCUCCCAUUGGCCAUAAAGUGGCUCAGAGAAAGUGCUCUUCAAAAUAGAUCUACUCAAUUUCAGGUUCUAGUAACAGGAUCCUUGCACCUCGUGGGUGAUGUCCUGAGAUUAAUCAGGAAAUGAUACUUAGUCGAUUCAAUUAAUUUGCUGCACCAUAUUCAUAAGGUUCACUGGUUCUUUGUUUUUCUAGCGACUCGAGCAAUAGGUAUUCAAUUUAUGGCAUUCUUCCAUCAUCUUUUAUAUGAAUAGUCGAGUCGCUUUAAUUAUUGAAACCCUCUGAACUUUAGGAGGACAUUGGCAACUAGUUUUGAAUUAUUCUCACUUGUUAAAAUUCUUGUUCCACAGCCUGAAAAGACAGCAAUGAAGAUAUGAUUCAUUCUUGAAACUUUAUAAAGAAGUGUGUACCAUAAACGAGUUGUAACAUUGUUUCAUUGUUCCCAAUAAAUGUGU